GCUGCUAUAAUAAGUAGCCAGCAGUAGAAAGUCUCACUCUUGUGUAAAAAAAAAAAAGAAGAAGAAGGAUUUGGAUACAACGAUCCUUUGGAUUGAUUUGUGAGAGAUUGCAACAGAAUUGAGUUCUUGUGUCUCUUCUCUAGAUCUCUCCUUUUUUCUCUCUCCCAGUAGGUGUGCUGUGUUUAUCUGAUUUGGAUUUGUUAAAUAUGGUGAUAAGUACAGAGUAGACAAGAAGAUUUCAAGCAAGCAAACCAAGUGCUACAAGAGGAUUAGUAGAGUAGUUCUUGCAGGGAAAGGAAUGUACUAGAAGGAAGUGAGAGCUUGCUUGGCUAAUCUCUUGCUUCUGCCGCUUGUCCUCUCAUCCGAGAGAAAUCUUGCCAAUUAUUUAUAUCGGAGUAGUUUGCGUGGCAAAAACCAAAUCAAAUCUUUCUCCUCUGCGCUCUCGAUUCGUCGCAAUGGGAGAGACAAAGUUGGCAAGUUGAGGGAGCGAGUUUGGCGGGAAUGGAUGUGGAGGGCGGCGGCGCGGCGGCGCGGAGGAAGGGGGGGUGGUGGUGGUGGCGGGAGGAGGCGGUGCUGGCGUACCAGAGCCUCGGGGUGGUGUACGGCGAGGUGGCGGCGGCGCCGCUGUACGUGUACAGGAGCGCGUUCGCCGGCGGCGACAUCGAGCACUCGGCGGGGAACGAGGAGAUCUACGGCGCCCUCUCGCUCGUGUUCUGGACGCUCACCCUCGUCCCGCUCGCCAAGUACGUCCUCCUCGUGCUCCGCGCCGACGACGCCGGCGAGGGCGGCACCUUCGCGCUCUACUCCCUCAUCUGCCGCCGCGUCCGCGCCGGCCUCCUCCCCCCCUGCGCCGCCGCCGCUGCCGGCGAGGAGCUUGACGCUGCGGGCGCCGCGGCGGCGCCCGUGUCGGCCGUGCGCGCCGCGCUGGAGCGGCACCGUGUCCUGCAGAGGCUGCUGCUGCUGCUCGCGCUGCUCGGGACGUGCAUGGUCAUCGGCGACGGCGUGCUCACCCCUGCUGUCUCCGUGUUCUCAGCGGUUUCCGGGCUGGAGUUGUCCAUGGACAAGGACCAACACAAAUAUAUAUUGCUUCCAAUAACAUGCGUGAUACUGGUGUGCUUAUUCGCCUUGCAACACUACGGCACACACAGGGUUGGGUUUCUUUUCGCACCUAUUGUUUGCUUAUGGCUUCUCUGCAUCAGCAUCAUAGGGGUGUACAACAUCAUCCAUUGGAACCCCCAUGUGUAUCAAGCCCUUUCACCAUACUACAUGUAUAAAUUUCUCCGAAAGACUCAAACAGGAGGUUGGAUGUCGCUUGGUGGAAUCCUUUUAUGCGUAACCGGCUCUGAAGCUAUGUAUGCAGACCUUGGACAUUUCACACAGAACUCAAUAAAGAUGGCUUUCACACUAUUGGUUUACCCAGCGCUUGUACUGGCCUAUAUGGGUCAAGCUGCUUACAUUUCACGCCAUCACAAUUUUGAGGAUGGCAGUCAUAUUGGAUUCUACGUAUCAGUGCCAGAAAAAAUCAGAUGGCCUGUUCUGGGGAUUGCAAUACUGGCAUCUGUAGUUGGCAGCCAAGCAAUUAUCACUGGGACUUUCUCAAUUAUCAAGCAGUGUUCGUCCUUAAACUGCUUCCCUAGGGUGAAGAUUGUGCAUACAUCCUCUACAGUGCAUGGUCAGAUAUACAUACCAGAGAUCAAUUGGAUAUUAAUGAUACUAUGCCUUUCUGUAACUAUAGGCUUCAGAGACACAAAGCACUUGACAAACGCACAAGGGCUUGCAGUUAUAACUGUUAUGCUCGUCACGACAUGUUUGAUGUCACUGGUUAUUCUUCUUUGCUGGAACAAGAGCAUUGUCUAUGCUCUCAGCUUCCUUCUUUUCUUUGGUGCAAUCGAAGUAAUCUACUUCGCGGCUUCACUUGUGAAGUUUCACGAAGGGGCUUGGGUACCUGUCACUCUUUCCUUCAUUUUCAUGAUGGUGAUGUGUGUGUGGCACUAUGGAACUAAAAAGAAGUAUGAGUUUGAUGUGCAAAACAAGGUCUCCAUAAGUUGGCUCUUGAAUAUUGGCCCUUCCUUGGGAAUUGUUCGUGUACGAGGAAUUGGUCUGAUACACACAGAGCUUAUGUCAGGGAUUCCAGCCAUUUUCUCCCACUUUGUGACCAACUUGCCUGCGUUUCAUCAGGUUCUGGUGUUUCUAUGCAUUAAAUCAGUAUCCGUACCACACGUUCAGCCUGAGGAGCGAUUUUUGGUUGGCCGCAUUGGCCCAAAAAAGUAUAGGAUAUACAGAGUGAUUGUCCGGUAUGGUUACCGUGAUGUACAGAAGGAUGAUGUAGAGUUUGAGAAGGAUCUAGUCAGCAGUAUUGCAGAGUUCAUCCGCUGUGCGGACUCUAACCAAAACAGUUUUAUGGACGGCGCAAGCCAUUCAUGUGAGGGGCUAUCUUUCAUCAGUAAAGGCCUUCCACUUGAGGAGGAGGAAGGUGAGUUUGAUGGAUCAGAUUCAACAGGAUCAUCUGCUCAUAAGGAGAUAAAUCCAAACACGACGGCACCGAAGCCAAAGAGGGUGAGGUUUGCACUUCCAAAGGACACAAAGAUAGACCGGGAGGUGCGCGGCGAGCUGCAGGAGCUGAUGGAGGCAAGGGAGGCAGGCAUGUCCUUCAUAACGGGCCGCUCCCAUAUGAAGGCGAAAAGCGGGUCUGGUCUGAUAAAGCAGAUUGUGAUAAACUUCGGCUAUGAGUUCUUGAGAAGGAACAGCCGGGGCCCUGCGUUUGCAGUAAACUUACCUCAUGUUUCAACUGUAGAGGUUGGAAUGAUCUGCCUAGUAUGAUAUGGUCCAUCAUCACAUUUGGUUGUAGAAAUGUAGAAAUAGCCCAUGUUCAUAUACCUUCAUGUAUAUAUAUAUAUAUAUAUAUAUAUAUAUAUAUAUAUAUAUAUAUAUAUAUAUAUAUAUAUAUAUAUAUAUAUAUAUAUAUAUAUAUAUAUAUAUCCUGACAAAAGAUGUAGAUGAUUGAUGAAUCAGGAUACAUUGGCCAGCAAGUGCAGAGAACACUGCACAGAAGAAGUGUGCAUUGGUUUUCUGAGCAGUCUUGUGUUGAGCUGAUCUUUCUAUCGGCCUGUCGAUCUGUUGCUAUCGCAAUUGCUGUGUAUAUAUUGGUGAUAGAGCUGUAGUAGUGGCAAUUUUGUGCAUGAGUUGGAUCUUUAUUGACUCUAGUCCAUUGUGUUCAUCACACUGUAUCAGAAUCUGAAUAAGGUUGCGUGCUGAAAUUGUUUGUUGGGCAUCCUGAGAA